GCGAACAAGGGGUGGGGGGAAAGGGAAGGGAGCGCGGAGCACCCCAACUGCGCAUGCCCCCGACAACCCCUGCGUCCACUGCGCAGGCGCUGGCGGCGGUUGUAACCGUCACGGCUUGGAAGGAACGCCGAGGAGUUCAAAGCCGCGCACGGGACCCCGCCCCUCUCCCCCCGCCCCUGCGUAACCGUCUCUUUCCUGCCGUUGCCUGUCCAUUCUGUCUCUGCCAGCCCCUGUCCUGUCAGGGCAAGGCAAAGGAUGCCCGCGAGUGUCUUGUCCCAGACCGGCCCCAGAGCCGAGUGAGACAAGGCCGGGCCGGGCGGUGGGUGACCGCGGAAGGGAUGUCGCCGCCGCCCCCCGACGUUGAUUCUUGCCGCUGCCGCCCCCGGCGGCUCCCGCUGCUUCGGCCCUCCUCAGGUUCCGGGUGUCGCCCGCCGCCGCCGCUUCUCCGUGGCUGGGAACAGCGCCGGCCUCGGCCACAGCAGUGACUCCCCUCGGUUCCCCUCACAGGGGACGGGACGGGGCCAGCAAGAUGCAGGCGCCGCCGCUCCAGUACGAGUUCUUCAGCGAAGAGAACGCGCCCAAGUGGCGGGGGCUGCUCAUGCCCGCCCUGAAAAAGGUUCAGAUGCAAGUCCAUCCUAAGCUGUCAUCUAAGGAAGAUGCUCUGCAAUAUGUUGAGGAGUUAAUUCUGCAGUUAUUAAACAUGUUGUGCCAAGCUCAGCCAAGAAGUUUUCUGGAUGUAGAGGAUCGUGUACAAAAAAGUUUUCCCCAUCCUAUUGAUAAGUGGGCAAUAGCUGAUGCGCAGUCUGCAAUUGAAAAGAGGAAGCGAAGAAAUCCGUUAUUUCUCCCUGUAGAAAAAAUCCACCCAUUGUUAAAAGAAGUUCUCGGCUAUAAGGUUGACCACCAAGUAUCUGUUUACAUUGUAGCAGUAUUGGAAUAUAUUUCUGCUGAUAUCUUAAAACUGGUUGGGAAUUAUGUUCGCAAUAUAAGACAUGAAACAAUUACAAAGCAAGAUAUUAAAGUGGCAAUGUGUGCUGAUAAGGUGCUGAUGGAUAUGUUCCAUCAGGAUGUAGAGGACAUGAGUACACUGAAUUUAUCUGAUGAAGAACCCUCCACUUCAGGGGAGCAAACUUAUUAUGAUCUUGUAAAGUCAUUCAUGGCAGAGGUUCGGCAGUAUAUAAGGGAACUGAAUCUCAUCAUAAAAGUUUUUAGAGAGCCUUUUAUUACCAAUCCCAAGCUGUUUUCAGGUCAUGAUGUAGAAAAUAUAUUCAGUCGAAUAUCAGAUAUUCAUGAACUUAGUGUGAAGUUGUUGGGCCAUAUUGAAGACACAGUAGAAAUGACUGAUGAAGGCAGUCCCCAUCCCUUAGUAGGGAGCUGUUUUGAAGACUUAGCAGAGGAGCUAGCAUUUGAUCCUUAUGAAUCCUACACUCAAGAUAUUUUACGGACUGGUUUUCAUGACCAUUUUCUUAGCCAGUUAUCAAAACCUGGGGCAGCAUUUUAUUUACAGUCAAUAGGAGAUGGUUUUAAAGAAGCUGUUCAGUAUGUUUUACCUAGACUACUUCUAGUUCCUGUUUAUCAUUGCCUCCACUAUUUUGAACUUUUGAAGCAAUUAGAAGAGAAAAGUGAAGAUGAAGAGGACAAAGAGUGUUUGAAGCAAGCGAUUACAGCCCUGCUUAAUCUUCAGAGUAGUAUGGAAAGGAUAUGCUCCAAAAAUCUUGCAAAGAGAAGGCUUAGUGAAUCUGCAUGCCGGUUUUAUAGUCAGCAAAUGAAGGGGAAACAACUAGCAAUCAAGAAAAUGAACGAAAUCCAGAAGAACAUUGAUGGUUGGGAGGGUAAAGAUAUUGGACAGUGCUGCAACGAAUUUAUAAUGGAGGGGACUCUUACACGUGUGGGUGCAAAGCAUGAGAGGCAUAUAUUUCUCUUUGACGGUCUAAUGAUUUGCUGUAAGUCCAAUCAUGGCCAGCCAAGACUGCCUGGUGCCAGUAAUGCAGAAUAUCGUCUCAAAGAAAAGUUUUUCAUGCGAAAGGUACAGAUCAACGAUAAAGACGAUACUAAUGAGUACAAGCAUGCCUUUGAAAUCAUUUUAAAAGAUGAGAACAGUGUUAUUUUUGCUGCUAAAUCAGCCGAAGAAAAAAACAACUGGAUGGCAGCCUUGAUCUCUUUACAGUACAGAAGCACUCUUGAGCGCAUGUUAGAUGCAACAAUGUUACAGGAAGAGAAGGAGGAGCAGAUGAGGUUCCCAAGUCCUGAGCUUUAUAGAUUUGCAGAACCUGAUUCUGAGGAAAAUAUUGUUUUUGAGGAGAACAUCCAGCCCAAAUCUGGGAUCCCUAUUAUCAAGGCGGGAACUGUUCUCAAACUCAUUGAGAGACUUACCUACCACAUGUAUGCAGAUCCCAACUUUGUUCGGACAUUUCUUACAACAUAUAGAUCUUUUUGUAAGCCUCGAGUAUUAUUAAGUCUCCUGAUAGAAAGAUUUGAAAUUCCAGAACCUGAACCCACAGAAGCAGACCGCAUAGCUAUUGAGAAUGGAGAUCAGCCUCUUAGUGCAGAGCUUAAAAGGUUUAGAAAGGAAUAUAUACAACCUGUACAGCUUCGAGUGUUAAAUGUAUGCCGACACUGGGUAGAGCAUCACUUCUAUGAUUUUGAGAGAGAUGUAGAACUUUUGCAGCAACUGGAAGAAUUCAUUGGCAAAGUCAAAGGUAAAGCUAUGAAGAAAUGGGUAGAGUCAAUCACAAAGAUAAUCCAUAGGAAAAAGCAAGCACAAGCUAUUGGACCAAGUCACAAUAUUACCUUCGAAAGCUUACCACCUCCGAUUGAGUGGCAUAUAAGCAGGGCUGGACAGACUGAAUCAUUUGACCUUCUCACCUUACAUCCAAUAGAAAUUGCUAGACAGCUCACUCUGCUUGAAUCUGAACUUUACAGAGCCGUGCAGCCAUCGGAGCUGGUUGGAAGUGUGUGGACAAAAGAAGAUAAAGAAAUUAAUUCUCCUAACCUUCUCAAAAUGAUACGGCAUACCACUAAUCUUACCUUGUGGUUUGAAAAAUGCAUCGUAGAAACUGAAAAUCUAGAGGAAAGAGUAAUGGUAGUAUGUCGGAUAAUCGAGAUCUUGCAAGUCUUUCAAGAACUAAACAACUUUAAUGGUGUCCUUGAGGUUGUCAGUGCUAUGAAUUCUGCACCUAUUUACAGACUAGAUCACACUUUUGAACAAAUCCCAAGCCGUCAGAAAAAGAUUUUAGAAGAAGCUCACGAACUGAGCGAGGAUCACCAUAAGAAAUACUUGGCAAAACUCAGGUCUAUUAAUCCUCCAUGUGUGCCUUUCUUUGGAAUUUAUUUAACAAACAUCUUGAAAACGGAAGAAGGCAAUCCUGAAUUUCUGAAACGACACGGGAAAGAGCUUAUCAAUUUCAGCAAGCGGAGGAAAGUGGCUGAGAUAACGGGGGAGAUCCAACAGUACCAGAACCAGCCAUACUGCCUAAGAGUAGAAUCUGACAUCAGGAGGUUUUUUGAAAAUCUGAAUCCAAUGAUAAAUGGCAUGGAAAAGGAAUGUGCAGACUAUCUGUUCAACAAAUCCCUAGAAAUAGAGCCACGCAACGUCAAGCCACCCCCAAGAUUUCCAAAAAAAUACAGCUAUCCUCUCAAGUCCCCUGGUGUUCGUCCUUCCAACCCAAGGCCAGGCACUAUGAGGCACCCUACACCUCUGCAACAAGAGCCUAGAAAAAUCAGUUACAGUCGUGUCCCUGAGAGUGAAACAGAAAGCGCAGCUUCAGCACCGAACUCUCCACGAACACCACUCACCCCACCUCCUCAAUCCUCCACUUCCAGCACUACAGAUGUCUGCAGUGUGUUUGAUUCUGAUCCCUCAAGCCCCUUUCAUUCAAGGUCUGCUUCUGUGUCCUCCAUAACCUUUCCCAAAAGUUCUGAUGAAAUGACUGUUCCCCCACCUAUUCCUCCCCGAAGACGCCCAGAAUCUGCUCCUGCAGAAUCUUCUCCAUCAAAGAUUUCUUCUACAAAUCUGGGCAAUCCACCAGCAAUCCCUCCUCGACAGCCAACAUCAAAAAUUUAUUCACCAAGGUACUCAGUGCCAGACAGGACAUCAAUAUCUGACCCCCCAGAAAGUCCACCUGUAUUGCCGCCACGAGAACCUGUGCGAACUCCGGAUGUUUUCUCUAGUUCACCUCUACACCUCCAGCCGCCACCUUUAGGCAGAAAAAGUGAACUUGGCAACACAUUUUUUCCUAACAGUCCUUCUCCAUUUACUCCACCACCCCCUCAAACACCUUCUCCUCACGUACCACGGAGGCAUUUGCCGUCACCUCCUUUGAUACCCCAAGAUACAGACCUCCAUUCUGUUGCUGGGCCACCUGUUCCUCCACGGCAAAGCACUUCUCAACAUAUCCCAAAGCUUCCUCCAAAAACUUACAAAAGGGAGCACACGCAUCCAUCGAUGCAUCGUGAUGGACCCCCAUUGCUGGAGAAUGCCCACUCCACCUGAAUUCUCCCUUGUGCUUGAGAGAGUGAUUUUCCUGGUGCCAAGUCUGUUGCUGGCAAUAGAUGCACUGUACCUUUUGGCACCAGGGCAUUGAGCUGUGUUGCUCCUAACACUAAAGACUCUACAAUACGUUUGAGAUAUGGUGUACAAAAAUGAAUCUUUUCGUGAAUAAACUGUUGCUGUUUGUUAGUAUAGUAUGCAGGGCACUGAUCUAAAGUCACUGGACAUCUGAAUGUACCAGAAAUCAGACUUGCAGAUCUCUUCAGGCCAAUAAGCAGACACUGUGCUUUGUAUAAUAUCCAGUGAGAGAUGGGGGAAGAACAGGCUGCUUACCUAUAACUGAUGGAUCAUAGUCCUGUAAUCAUCUGUCCACUGCAACAUAAAUUCGUGGAGCGAAAAUAUGCACUUUUUAAAAAAGACAAAUAUCUCAAACAGGGAACUUGACAGUCUUUUUAAUUUCCUUUUGUUUUAUCCCUGCUUUAAAAUCAUGAACUGGACUGAGGAAGAUCUGUGGUACUGAACCAACAUAGAGCUAUAGCAUAGCACUGUACUGCAGUCCUGUUCAGAAACUGUUACAGUUACUAGUACAUAUAUGGGUACCUAGGCUUCACCAAAGAGGUACUUUCCUUCUUUCUUUAUUAAUAUUAUGGUGCCAGAUCAAAAACAAAUUUUGCCAGAAAGCAGGAUGCCUAACUUUUACUGCAUAGAAACAAAUGAGAUUUGUCGAUACAGAGCUAGAUAGACCAAUGAUCUGACUCAGUAUAUGGCAGUUUCCUAUGUUCCUAAGUCUUAUAUGUAUGACACCAAAUGACAAUAUCCGCAAAACAGCACUAUUGUCAGUUAAAUCUGCUCCUACCCUUAGAAAACUGUUAAAUCUAGACUAGGUUAAGUGGUCUUCAUCUUAAGGUUUACCAGUAACCCACUUUAUGGCUGGCAAUGCAACAUCUUUGGCUGUCAUGGAAAAGCAAAGGAUUCCCUAGUUAUCACCAUGCUUUAAGUAGCAGUAGGUAGAUGAAUAAUCAGCACCCAUAGGAUUACCUUGUAGUUGCAUAUAAACCAUAUGUAUAUAGUGAAUGUUGCUUAAAUAAACUUGCAAAUUGUUUUUAAUUUAAUUGAAAUAAAGAUACAGAUAUUUUGUCUGGCUGACAUAUAUUAAAUUAUUACAUUGCUAAAUGUACAAUUCAGUUUGAAGCACUGAGAAGGCGGCACAUGCUGUGGUACACACACUUCUUUUCUUUUCUUUUUUUGCUCAUUGUUUUGUCUAUAAAGAACAAGCUGAGAAGAAACCAAGGUUUGGCAUAUAAAGGUGAAUUGGGGGUGAUUCAAAGUGAGCAAUUGUGUGUUUAAAAUGUAAUGGAUAUUAUGCAUUAGAUUUCCAAACUCUGCUUUAACCUCUUAACCUUUAAGGUGAUCUUUACUACGUCAGAAAUAUUUGAAAGAGACUAAUCUACAAGAAUAACCUGCCUUGGAUUUUUCCAUAGACCUGUGAACUGCGCUUCUGAUUCCAGUACUGUGAUGGUAAUGCAUGCCACUUAUUGAAGAAACUGUAGUCAUCUCUGUACAUUAGAUUUGUGAAUGGUGCUGUAUUGUAUCCUUAGUAACUAAGACUCUUUGGCAAAACAAAAAUACAUUUCAGCAAGCUAGAAAGUCAUGUUGUUGGAACAGUGUUAGUAGAAGCCUGUCACCAGGGAAGCCUACUGUUCUAAGACAUUUCUUCAGCACUAUGCAAUGGUCUCUGCAUUUCAGAAAAUGUUUUCAUUUCAUCUGCAUUUAUUGAAUCUUUUAAAAAACUUUACAUGUACAAUGUGCAGAAUCAACUUGGAAGGGCAUUCUGGGGGGAACUGUAUAAUUCUGGACUCCGAUAAAUAAGCUGAGAUUCAGCUGAAGGCAAUGGAUACGCUACAGUGGCUGACCUUUUUAAGAGAGAGCUGGGAAAUGGGCCCCUACUCAUUUUGUUCCUAGUUCAUAGCACUUAACACAAAGGUCCUAUCCAUAAGAAUUUUAAAAUCCUGCAGAUGUUAUCACUCCCAUCUGAACCACUCUGGAAGGGAAAAGCUUGGAGAGAUUCCCACUCAAGCCACUGGAAGUGGGUGGCAGGGGAAGAGAGUCUAGACUUGAUGCUUGCUCAUUCCAUUUAGCAUCUUCAAGCAGCAGCUUCUUAUUCAAAUCCGUCUUGAGUGAGAAAUCUCUCAAAAAGGAAAUUAAGUUCACUUUAAUAUCUGCACCAACCCCCAGAGUUGCUAAAUGACCCAGAUACCUAGCCCCAGAUGCCAAAUUAACUGGUUUAGAGAGCUAAGAUACAAAUAGUGCAAUAGUGGUACCCUAUGCAUGUAAGUUCAGUUCAAUUGGGCUUACUCCUUAUUAAGCAUGUUUAGAAUUUGCAGUUUUAGUCAAUGCUCUGUUAGAGGACUUCAGGAUCUCUUGCAGUGGUUGGGAUAAAAUAUUUAGUAAGACUUUGGUCAGAUUCCAAAAUUACACAUCUUCAUCUGAAUGUGAUAAAGAUUUCCACAACCUGUUGAGCUUGAGGCUGUGUGGAAGCAAAUUGUAGGUUGAGCCUCAAGUAUCCUACUAAGCACAAUUUUAGAGUCUGUUAUUUUAAAAAUGCCCCAUUUGUAGCAUGGAGAACAUUUUCUACGUGAUGGUUCAUGCACCUCCAAAACAUUAAUUUUCAUGUAACUGCUUAUUACCAUGUGCUUCUUGCCAUGGGAUUUGAUAGCGAUUUUCAGAAGUGAACUUUGCUGCUUGCUUCAAAAUCCAUUGCCAGGAGUUGCUAGUGCAUUCUCCAUAAACUGUUUCAUGACUGGUUGAAUCACUUACGAUUUUAUAUAAGGGAGGUAAGAUAGUAUGUUAAUGUAUGCAAAUGUUUGACUUGCACAGGACUCUUAAAGAACAAGAAAUAACACAAAUGAGCUAACAUCCAGAGCAAUGUACUUCUGGCAGAGCAAGCAAAUUUGUGCUAGUGCAAGUUAGCUUAGUUGCACUAAAAAUGGCGACUUGCAGAAUGGUGCUAUAGCACUAGAAUAUUCUUGCACAAAUAUCCUCAUUAAAGAAAUGAGGCAUGCCACAGUUGCACAACUGGUGCACAAGCAUGCUUGCAGAAGCACAGCACUGUUCUGGAGUAUAAGUUCAAGACUUAGUGCAACUAACUAGCACAGUAUCCCCAACAAUUUGCUCUGGAUGUUGGCCACUAUCUUUGUAGAACCAAUGUUUGUUAGAAUAGGAGCAUUCAGUUGUUUAGUUUCAUAAUUGUAUAUCACACAGAAUAGAGUACCUAUUUAUUCAGAGAGUGCCUGGUAGCAGAGCUAUAGUUUUUUCCUUGCCUAAGGAAAGCCUUUUCCUUGCCUUUCCUAAGAUAAACUUAUUACUCAACCAAAUAUUAUUUUUGGAAGUGGAGAAUACAUUUCUCUCCAUUAUCUGGCACUAGUGUGACAGUGGCAGUCUGUCUAAGAAUUAAAGGAGGAAGAACAUCUUGAAAUCUAUGGGCAGAUAGCUGGUCAUAUUUUGGUCUUGGGACACUUCAAAAAUAAGGAUUUUGUAUGAUGGCAUGCGUUGCAACUGCUCUCACGUACCCAUGCCCUCAUAAGUCCACCUCUUCAUGCUUUCCAUGAAGCUACCAAUAAUAAUAAUAAUUAUUAUUAUUAUUAUUUGUUAGCCACCCCAUAACAAAUUGUUCUCUGGGCAGCUUGCAACACAUUAAAUCAUCCCAUAAAGACACAUAAAACAACCAAUAAAAUACCACACACCAAAAAAUAAACACAAUACAGAAUGAUUUAAAAUUUGGUUUUUUAAAAUCAAUUUUUUAAAAGCCUGGUAAACAGGUCGUCUUCACCUGUUGUCUAAAAGGAGUGAUGGUGCCAGGCAAACCUCACUGGGGAGGCUAUUCAUAAACGAGGUGUGACUACCAAACAAGCCCUCUCUCUAGCUAGAAAACUCUAGCUAGAAACACUCCCAUAGAAUUCAGUUGUCUUUCAGAUAGCCUAGGUGUGCGAUACUUAAAUUGGUUGGGAUCCAAACAGCCACAUAUGGUGGUCCAUGCAUAUACUGGUACUUUGCAUCCCCACUGUACACUGCCCUCUCCCUGAAAAAGUCUCUUCAGUGGCAGGAAGGAAUUGGCACCCAUGGAACUAUUUCCCACUCAUGCACAGGGCUGCUUUGCUUCUGUAACUGAUUUUUGAAAUUGAGGGAAGUAGUCAAUUUCAAUACAUUCAAGAAAGUAGUAUUUUGUCCCGCUAAAGCUCCAUUGGCAGGAGGUGGUGGUAGUUAGCAGCUCUGUGGAAGAUCAGCCUUCUGUACAGAUGUAUCCAUUUUGGGUAGCCUUGCAUUUGAAUUCAAAGUUCCUCAAUUAUUUCUGUGGAAAUGGGAUUGCUGUAUUCUGAAUGCUUUUCCAUUUUGUCAGUGUGUCUUGCCUACUAUUUCAUGUAAAGAAAUGCAGAGAAUAAAUCUCUUCUGUUCCUCCUAAAAUUAAGGGGAGGAGCUUGAUGUAAAACCUGUUCUGUUUUUAAUUAACAAGGGUGGGGAGUGAGAGAUGACCCCCAUUUGGGGAUCCCCCCGCAAAAGAAAACAACUUAAGGCCUGACUCAGCCAGUGCAGGAGCUAACUUGCAUAUGGUUGCUGUAAAUUGUGCUCUUCAACUGCUAAACGGUCAUGUCACAUAUCUUAUGAGCUAAAUUAUUUUCUCUACUACCUAUGAAACAAAUGUGGGCCUAUUGCUGAUAACAGAUGUAAAGCCAAAAGCACUUGGGUUUUUAUGUAAAUUUCACGCCUUAUUUGCCAUUUAUUAAGAAGAAACCUUAAAGUGCAUUUUUUGUUGACUGUGAGCAAAUUCCCCUUUUGCCUUUAAAGACAAAAUAGUGCAUUAAGCAGUUAACUGCUGCAAAAUUGCAGAUUGAGUGACCUUUGUAAAACAAACAUGAAGUCCUGUACCUAGGUGAGUGAAAGGGAAAAAUAAAUCUUGUGCCAGAUGUAUGCAACUUUCAGUAGCUGCCAACUGUGCCUUUUGAAAAAAAUAUUUUGGUUCCCCCCUCAAACAGUAGAUUAUCUUGUUUGGUGGAGUCUUAUUUCAGGUAACAUUUCUUAUUUGGCUGACUUGAUAGAAACCAAACCUCCUGCUUUCGCUAUGUACAGGUUUAAGUUUUUGAUGAAUUCUGAUAAUAUAUUUAAAAUGUAUUGCCUUUUGUUUAAUGGUGUGGAUACUUUGCUAAAUGGUUAAGAAGCUAUGGCAGUCCAAUCCAGCUGUGUAAGAUUGAAGUGGUGAUAUCUAAACUGGCACAUCUUAUGGGCCUGUGUGUACCUAAUCAUGUCUGUAGGUGAGCUUUGUAUGCUAUGUCUGCAAUGGUAUUUCGAUUGCAUUUAAAGUGAAAAAUUAAUAGUGGCUGUUACUUUUUGGCAUUCAAGAGAUCUGUUCUUAAAAAAUAAAUAAAUAAAAAUGCCUUACAUA